AUGGCCAGCGGCGCGAUGGACGGAGCGCCGGCGAGCAAGCAUGGCGUGUCGUUCUGUGUGGUGUGUGCAAGCAACCAGAACCGUUCCAUGUUCGGACACAAUGCACUGCUGAAAGCAGGCAUGCAGGUGACGUCCGCCGGCACCGGCUCGGCCGUGCGUAUGCCAGGCCCUGCCAUCGACAAGCCGAACAUCUACGCGUUCGGCACGCCGUACGACUACAUGUACCAGGAUCUAUUGAAGAAGGAUCCGCGGCUGUACGAGGCAAACGGGCUGCUCCAUAUGCUCGACCGCAACCGCAAAAUCAAGCACGCGCCGGAGCGCUGGCACGAGUCGCGGCGCGUCGCCGACGUCGUGAUUACGUGCGAGGAGCGGUGCUUUGAUAGCGUGUGCGAGGACCUGCUGAGCAGGCGCACCGAGCUCAACCGCUCCGUGCACGUCAUCAACAUCGAGAUCAAGGAUAAUCACGAGGAAGCGGAUAUCGCCUCGCGUGCGAUUCUCGACCUUGCGCGCAAGAUCGAGGUGGCAAAGGAUAUCGACGAGGAGAUGGACUCGAUUCUCGAGCAACAGCAGGCGUCGUAUCCUGUCGCUGCCUCUUCGUUCGCGCUUGCGCUGCGCGAGGUCCCUGGGCCGAUCGUCCAUGCCUCCACUCUUGCCACCAUUGGCCCUCUGCGCAGGUUCUUCUCGACCUCGCUAGCCCUGCGAAUGACCGACACGGGCCGUACGCGACAUGCGCUGCUGAGCACGCCUCUAUACGUAUGCAACCUCCCCACGCCGCUCGUGCAGAAUGUGCAGCUGCGCAGCGCCGAUGCCGAAGAGGAAAAGGCGCCGGCGCCGGCGCCGACGCACGACCCACGGCCCGCUGCCGGCGUGCCGGCGUGCACGCUGUGCCCCGAGUGCGGGCCGUUUGCCGAUCUCGGCGAGCAGCGUGCGCACUUUCGUAGCCUCUGGCACAGGUACAACCUGGUGCUGCGGCAGCGCGGCGCCCAAGCGCCCGGCACGCCCAACGCCCUGACGCUCGUGACGAAUCCCGAGCUCGACCGCCUCUGCGCCCAGAUCGAGGAGGAGGACGAGCUGGAAGAUACCGAUACCCUGAGUGCGCUCCUGGACCGCCUCGACCUGCACGCCGCGCCGACGCAGGACGAUACGCCAAGCCGCACACGGACGCAGGCCGUGCAGGACGCGCUGCGCUCGCCGCUCGUCUGGUUCGAGAGCAGGAGCGAUGCGCCGAGUGACGCGCGCCUCGAGCAGACGCAGCUUGGCGUGUACCGCGACGUGCUGCUUGCCGCGACGUCUGCGCCCGCCACCGAUGCCAAGUCGGCAGAGGCGGCGCUCCAAGCGCUCCAAGCGCCGCCGAUCGAGUGCCGCCCGUCGAAGCAAGGGUGGACCGGCAAGCGCCUGCAAGGUACGAAGCACAUUGGGCGUACCAUGCAGCUGAGCAUUCUCGACGGCGCCGGCCUGCUGCCGACCGAAGAGGAAUUCGAGAGCUCGGACGAGGAGUCGAGCGAGUCGGACUCCUCGUCCGAGGACGAGGCGCCGGACGAGAUGCCCGAGAUCGCCCCCGAAGCGCCGAUUGCGCUGCCCCCGCUGCGUCUAUGGACUUUUGUCAUGAUGGGCGGCGGCCACUUUGCGGCGGCCGUCGUCGCACUGAACGCGUACGCGCCGCCGCUCUCGGAGCGUGCGCGCGCGCGGGGCACGAAACAGGAGCGCGGCAUUGUCGUGCUUGCACACAAGACCUUUCACCGGUACACGACGCGCCGCAAGCAGGGUGGCGCGCAGUCGGCUCAGGACGCGACCGGGCGCCACGCCAAGAGCGCCGGUGCGAACCUGCGUCGCCACGGCGAGGCGCAGCUGCGCGACGAGAUUCAUAGCCUCCUGGGCCGCGCAGGAUGGCGCUCGCUCAUUGAGCGCUCCGAGCACGUCUGGGUGCGCUGCAGCACGCGCACUGCGAGCGGGAUCCUGUGGAACUGGGGCGGAAACCACACGAGCCCGCUCGACGCACCGCACCGCGAUGGGACGCUGUCGCACAUUCCCAUUGCGACGCAGCGCCCGACGCUCGCCGAGAUCAUGCGGUGCUUCCUCGAGCUGACGCGCGUCAAGAUCGCACACCUGUCGCCCGAGCAGCUCGCGGCCCAGGACGAUGCGCACCGCGAGGCAAUCGCACAGGCGCUCCGUGCCGACGCCGCGGCCAAUGCCCCUCCGCCCCCCCCGCCGAAGCCCAAGACGCCGCGUGCAAAGCCCGGGGCGGAGGAAACGAAGCGGCGCGAGCGCUGGGAGCGACUCGUGGCCAUGGUCCGCAAAGGCAAGGUCGAUGCCCUCGAGCGGUUCCUCGAGCGCCACGAGGCCGAUCUGCUGCGUCCCGGCGGCUGGCUUGCCGAGCAAGAGGCGCCGAGCAUCGAUGCGCCCCUCCCCCCGUGGUGGCGCCAGGCGGAGGCGAAGCAGAUGCGCUUUGUCCCUGCGACGCUUUUGCAGGUCGCCGCCGCGGCCGACCAGCCGGACGCGCUGCAGUACCUCCUCGAGCGCCGCGCGGACCCCACGAUGCCUGUGCCGUCGGUCGACGCGUCCGAGGCGCCGUACCGCACUGCCUACGACCUGUGCACGACCAAGCCCGCGCGCACCGUCUUUCGGCGCAUGAUGGCCGAGCACCCCGACUGGUGCGACUGGGCCGGCAUGGGCCCCGGCGGCGCGCGUGUCCCGUCCGCGCUGACGUCCGAGAUGGAAGAGGCACAGGCAUCCAAAGCCCGCACGCGCCGCAACGCAAUGCGCGACAAGAUGCGCGAGCGCGAUGAGAAGGAGGCACGCGAACAGAGCCGCGAGCGUGCGGCCGAGCCGGCGCCUCCCGCGCCCGCUGCUGCGCCGCCCGCCGCCAACGGCACGCAGCGCGUCGGCGGCGUGGGCUCCGCGCCCGAUGCGACGCUCUCCCCCGAGAUGCGUAUGCGGAUCGAGCGCGAGAAGCGCGCGCGGGCCGCCGAGGCGCGUAUGCAAGCGCUAAAAAAGUCAUAG